AUGCUACACCUGUACGCCCCGAGUGCCACAGCUUCUAUCUCGACGUUCCAGUCACUGGCUACCAGCUACGACCUUGACAUUCUCCGAGUUGACAACAAUAUCGACGCCGUCAACUUCGCUCUCGAUAUUGAUCGCUGGAAAUCUCCCAACACCACGGAGCGUAUGGCGAGCUCGACGAACGUCACGGCAACGUACACCAUCUAUGCGGAGCUUUGUGCUCCCACGACAUCCAACGAGGAGGAUGUCAUACAGAUAUUGACGCAUGGGGCGAUCUUUGAUCAUCGAUAUUGGGAUGCCGCAAUCGACCCUGCCCAGUACCCCUAUGUUCAAGCUGCGCUUGAGGCUGGAUACACAGUCUUCACAUACGACCGCCUGUGCAACGGCCUCUCUGAUAAGCCUGACGCCUACACGAUAGGUCAAGGCCCUACCGAGCUGGAAAUCCCCCGUGCACUCACCGAGAUGGUUCGAAGUGGCACACUAUCCAAGUCCCUUCACGAAGGCUCGGUCCUGAAUCCAGUCGCGCCAUUCGAGAAAGCGGUACACAUAGGUCAUAGCUUUGGCUCGCAGCUCACAGCAGCCCUCCUCACAUCCUACGGCCACCUCUCGUCUGGUGCGAUCCUCACCGGGCUCCUGUUCGCGACUCACACAGCACAAGCAUCCACUGCACAACUGGGAUUCGAGUUUGCCGCGACCAAUAACCCAGCCCUUUUCGGUGAUCGUGGGAGCGGGUAUAUCGUGCCUUCGGAUGUCUCGAAGCUAGAGCUCAAUUUAUUCCAUCGCUACAACGACACAGAUGCAUCAGAUUCCACCGACGGGGCACUCGCAUUUGCUGAGGGCAUAAAGCAGCCGUUGACAGUCGGUGAGUGGAUGUCACUUCGAGGUCUGCUAGAUGUCGGCAUGGCUCCGGCCUUUACCGGACCGCUGCAGUUCUUCGCGGCGGAAUAUGAUGCUCUGGUCUGUGGUGGGGAUUGUAAGAGCAACUAUGAUCUUGCUACUUUGGAUGCGAUAUAUCCGAAUGCUUCGGCUAAAGAGGUAUCCAUCCAACCAGGGGCUGGGCAUAGAUUGACGUUGCAUCGCAACGCGAGUGCUGGGUAUGCGGUCAUGAUGGACUUCCUGGAGAGCAAUGGGCUCUAA